AUGUCGGCACUCGAAGCAGCUCGAAUCGCUAGGUUGUCUGAUAGUGCAUACUACAUUCCCGACUUUAUUACUGAGGACGAAGAAUCUAAGUUACUGCAGAAAAUAAACUCCGUCCCCCCUCCACGCUGGACCCAACUCUCCCAUCGACGAUUACAAACAUGGCCCUCGACACUCAGCAAAUCGAACACACUGCUAUCCGCACCGCUCCCAGCGUGGCUGCAAGAUCCUAUCAUCCAUCCACGACUCGAAGCCCUAGGCUGCUUCGCUGAUUCGCCUCAUCAAGGACCGAACCACGUGCUGAUCAAUGAGUAUCAGCCAGGUCAAGGGAUUAUGCCGCAUGAGGACGGGCCCGCGUAUUACCCGCUUGUAGUGACGGUUAGUAUAGGAGCGCCGAUUGUACUGGAUAUUUACGAGAAGAGUGGUGGUGGAGAGGAAAGUGGUUGUUUGGAUCGGACGCCGAGGUUUCGGGUUCUACAGGAACCGCGGAGUUUGUUGAUUACGACUGCGGGGUUGUACACGCAGUAUCUACAUGGGAUUGAAGAGCGUCUGCGGGAUGAAGAGUUGGGUCGGGAGGGUAUUUGUAAUUGGGAAUUACUUGGGAAUGCGAAGGUCUACAGUGCUGGGUUUUAUGACAGAAAGACGAGGAUAAGUCUGACCUACCGCGACGUACUCAAGGUGGCCAAGGUGGGAAACUCAAUGAGAUUCUUGACUGCGGGACGGUGA